UCUCUAAUAUCUGUAUGUAGCAAUCCAAUUUUGUCCAUUCAAAUACAAAUUUCAACAAAAUCAGGUAAAUUAUAAUGCACAAAAUUUAAAAGUCGGCUUGUUGAAGAUGUUCUGCACGGAGAGCUGUGAGCAUGGCUGCAAUGCAACGUCUUCGGGAAAGCUAAUCUCUGGCAAUGGGACGCCAACCCAGACGCAACAGCAAGGACAGCAACAAUUCAGCAUGUGCUAUGCUCCACUGUCGGUGCAGGCGCAGGAGCUGGGUGGCAAGUGCGAGGCAGAGCCGCCCAGGGUGGGAAUGUGUUUGGUCACCGAGGGACCCGAGGGUCUCAGCAUUGACUGCAAUGUUCCCUUGCCCAAUUCCUUCAAUUUGGACGAAUACAGAAAGCAGAUGGUCUGCUCCUGCGGCCCGUCUGUGAAUAGCGGUGGCUACAUUGAUAGCUUCUGUCUACCGACCUCAUCAGCAACUGCUACUCUCAAUCCCAUCCAGACGCAGGCCUGCAGCUUUCAGUGCCAGUGUUGUGCCGUCGAAGCUCCCUCCUCCUCAGGGUUCGACGCGAGAUUAAAGCAGACCACAACUGCUCCAUCAUUAGGACCUUGUCCAAUGCCCAAUCUUGUGACGAGAACUUCCAGACCAGAGCAGACGAUGACGGUAAACCAGAAGGUUUCUCCAGGAUCGGCCGUAGGGCCGCAGAUCUUAUAUUUGGCUGCCCCCACCUCGCCCGUGCCUGAGACAGAAGCCAAUUGCUAUCCGCCAGACCAGCAGCUACCAGCUUACAUAUACAGUAUGAUUCCGGUGCAGUGCAUCUCCCAAGUCUGGAGCCCGCAGGCCAUCAAUCUGGUGCCAGUGGGUGCGCCAGUGCCUCAGCCGCAGCUUCUACCGCACCAGCAGCUUGUGACGAAUCCUGCACAGAAUUCGCAGCUGCCGACGCAGCAGUUGUUGCGCUACGACCUACCCCUUUCUCGCCUGGUAGCGGAGCUCCGACGGGAGCGGGACAGGCCCUGUUGCGAGUCCACGACUCCGGUACCACUGGCUUUCCAGCUAUAUGCACCCGCUCAACCGGUGACUUUUUAUGACCCCCCAGAAUCCGCGGUUAAUCCAAGUCUGGCCAAGGUCGAGGUUCCUGCUGCAAUGCCUUCACCCGAUCCGAUGUCAGUUCCCAUUGCUCCACAAUCAGUAUCGUCAGCACCGCCAACUCCACCGCCGACGGCGUCUGAACCGGCCCGAUCCACCAGAACCCGGUCAGACAGCCCAAAGUGUAGCCGUUCCUUCCAGCGCAGCAAAGAAAAAUGGGACAACAAUGGAGCUGGAAACAUGGCAUGCAUGAAAUGUGGCAAUUGCUGGCAUUGUCCCCGAUGCAGUUGCGGCGCCAAUUGCUUCUGGCAUCCCGGCUUGGUGCGUACCCCGCCAAGGGACAAUAGGUAGUAUUGGCACAAAUCAAAUUAUUGGAAUUAAAAACGAAAAAAAAACUGAUAUUUAAAAUUAUUAAAUAUUUCUAAAAAUCGCAACUAAA